AUGGUAUUGGCUAAGAUAGCAUUAGGAACAGCAGGUGCAGUGACUGUUGGAUAUUUAUUUGUUCCACCAUUCAAUAGAAAACUUGAAAGAAAUGUUCUCAGACCAAUUAGAAAUUAUAGAAGACAUUUACAAUAAGAGGAUUCAUUUAAAACAGAAGUAAUAGUUAUCUUUUCAUUUUCUUAGGAAGAAUUCUAUUAAUUUUUAGGAAGUGUUGCAUUAGGUACCUUGAAAAUGUUUACAAUCGAAAGCGAUUGA